AUUUAUCCUUGGCUUGUAAAGUCUGUGGUGUUCGGAGUAACGUCAGAGCAAGCAUCUUUGGUAUUGUAUGUGUUUGUGUGUAUGUGGCGUCGUAUGGAGAUAUUUUUACGUGGAUUUGAAUUUCGCGAGAAGUCAUCUGUGUUAUUCUAGAGACAAGACAUUCCAGACAACUUUCGUAAACGGAUUAUAACAUGUAUGCGCAGUGUAUGGAGAGACUUAAAUGAACAGAACGAAAUUGAAUUUUGUUAAAGAGUGAGUGCAUCUCAGUGCUGCAAAAAAUCUCAAAAAGAGACUGUCGAUGUAAUAUAUAAGUGAAGUGAUAGUUCUGAGGCAUUGUAUUUGUGAAUAAUUUGUUAACAAGGAGGGUCCUGGAUGACGGAGAACGAUAAUGUGAACGGCUGUGUAAAGGAUAGCAGACAACAUAUCAGAAUGUUUAACCACGAUUAUGAGAAACGACUGGUGUGGAUACCUAAAGGAAAUGAGAAAUCAACUAGAAGUCCACUCAGUCCACCUAAUAGUGCAAGUACACCAUUCACACACCCUGAUUCUGCCCUAUCACCAUACAAAUGCUUUCAGCCAGGUAUGGGUGUUUCAUGUGGUCCUGACCGGUUCAUCCCACACAGAGCAACAAACAACUGGCAGAUUAAAUUUUCCAUGAUUUCCGUAAGUCAGGAUAAUACUGUUCGUACAGGGGCAAUUCCAAAAAAAGCAACCCGUGAAACUGGUGAAACAGGUAGAGAUGCUGUUGCGUAUUCUUGCCUAUUGAAGAAUGAGCUUCUAGGUUGCAACAUAGAAGAUGUUAAAGGCCAGUCAGAGGAAAGGAGAACCUCGGUACCACAAGAAGGGAGAAAUCUGUUUCAUUAUUCUCCACCAUCCCAGAAGUCAGUAUCCAGCAGCGAUACAUCAGCUUUAUCUGCCUACUCAUUAUCACCUGUAAGUGCCAAGAGUCAGAAGUUGCUGAGGUCACCCCGUAAAGCUACAAGAAAAAUUUCAAGGAUCCCGUUUAAGGUUCUGGAUGCUCCAGAGUUGCAGGAUGACUUCUAUCUCAAUUUAGUUGACUGGUCUUCACAAAAUGUACUAAGUGUUGGGCUCGGUAGCUGUGUUUACCUAUGGUCUGCCUGUACAAGCCAAGUUACAAGACUGUGUGACCUUACGGGUGAUGGAAACUCUGUAACAUCUGUGGCCUGGAAUGAAAGGGGUAAUCUGGUAGCUGUUGGCACCCAUCAUGGAUAUGUUCAAGUGUGGGAUGUCAGUCUUAACAAACAAGUUAACAAGAUGCAGGGACAUUCUGCUAGAGUUGGUGCUCUUGCGUGGAAUGGUGACAUCCUCUCUUCUGGUAGCAGAGAUAGACUGAUACUGCAACGUGAUGUGCGUACCCCUGGAGUUGUAGCAGAGAAAAAGCUUGUAGGGCAUAGGCAGGAGGUCUGUGGUCUAAAGUGGUCACCUGAUAAUCAGUACCUGGCAUCAGGAGGUAAUGAUAACCGACUAUAUGUUUGGAAUCUACAUUCCUUAACUCCAGUUCAGACAUACACUGAGCAUCUUGCUGCUGUAAAAGCAAUUGCAUGGUCACCACAUCAUCAUGGCUUGCUGGCAAGUGGUGGUGGCACAGCUGACCGAUGCAUUAGGUUUUGGAAUACUCUUACUGGACAGCCAAUGCAGUGUGUGGACACUGGUUCCCAAGUCUGCAACUUAGCCUGGUCAAAACAUUCCUCUGAACUGGUUAGUACCCAUGGCUAUUCCCAGAAUCAGAUACUAGUCUGGAAAUACCCAAGCCUUACACAAGUUGCAAAACUAACAGGACAUUCAUAUAGAGUAUUAUAUUUAGCAAUGUCUCCAGAUGGUGAAGCAAUUGUUACUGGUGCUGGAGAUGAAACAUUGAGGUUUUGGAAUGUUUUCAGCAAAGCAAGGUCACAAAAGGAAAAUAAAUCAGUUCUGAACCUGUACGCAAGCAUACGAUAACUACAAACUGGCCGGCUCUUGGUUUAAAUGCAGACAUUCAACAUAUUCAGUUCAGAAACAAAGAGUUGUUGAAUUAAAAAAUUGUAUAUUAUUCUGAGUGUGCGGUUUCUGCGUGCCUCUGUGUGUGUGUGUGUGUGUGUGUGUGUGUGUGUGUGUGUGUGUGUGUGUGUGCAUGUUUAUUAAAUGUGAUAUGUGUAGUAAAUAUGUUAUAUUGAAUUACAUCUGUGUAAAGCUAUUAAUUUACUAAAUAUAAAUUGUUACAUAUGUAAUAGGAAUGUCUUACAUAUGUGGAACUUGAAAUGUAGUAUAACUUACAUUGCAGUUUAAUUUACUUUUCUGUAUUAUAUUGAUUUCCUUGGGAAAAGAGUCCCUGCUCUGAUUUUUACAUGGGCAGUAUAAUAGCUGUGAAUGGACAUUAUAAGCUUCAGUGUCAACGUAUAAAUCCAGUAUUUACAAUGUAAAACUCAAAAAGAUGGUGAGUGCCACAUUGUAUAACAUUGCUAAAUUGUUAUAGAAAGAAAAAGCCCCCCCCCUCCCCACCACCACCACCACAACCUUCUCCUUGCCCCCCUCCCCCCCCCCCCCCCUCUCUCUCUCUCUCUCUCUCUCUCUCUCUCUCUCUCUCUCUCUCUCUCUCUCUCUCUCUCUCUCUCUCUCUCUCUCUCUCUCUCUCUGUGUGUGUGUGUGUGUGUGUGUGUGUGUGUGUUUGUUUGAGAGAGAGAGAUAAAUUUAUACACAUGGUGUACAACACUUGAAAGUUAGCUAAUACGUAAAACGUAUGUUGAUGUACUGUAUGUGGAAUUAAUGCUUAUUAUAUGAAAUGAUAUUGUCGUUGUAUGUAUGAUAUUCUUGCUGUGAAAAGGUUUUAGUUGUUAACUGAUUUAUUGUAGACGUAUUUCCUGUUGAAAUUGUGAAUUUUAUUUUGUUGAACAUUUCACAUAAUUAUUGUUGUUAUAAACAUGAAAGUCUGAGUCUUUUGUACUGUUCUGUUACUUUUUGCAUGUAAGUAUUUUUUUUUGUGUGUGUGUUCUUCUUAUUGUAAAUUUUGAAAGUUGUAGUGUGUGUUCACAUUGUCGUGUAAUAAAUUUUUUGUGAGCUUGACUAAAGACCUUUAUAUGGAUGUAUGGAUCGCUAUAUUAGUCUUGCCAGUCUUAUAGUUUGAAAAUUAGUAAUUGUUAUACAAGGGCUGUUCAGAAAGUAACUUAAGUUUUUCUGCUGCUCAAUGAGAGAAGGUGCUAGUGUCCCCAUCUUAGUUUUGGGGCAUCUGCUGAAUCAUUAUGCAUCAUGUGAUUGUUUGUGGUGCAUGUUGCCUCUGCUUUGUUCACUGUAAAUGUUUAAAAUGUGUGCUGCAGUAGAAAAUACUGCAAGUUAUGAAGUGCUAUCAGUGAUUAGUUUUUUAUUUGCCAAAAAAAACCGAUUGGAAUUUAUCAGGAACUUUGUACGAUGUAUGGAAAUGAUGCAAUUAGUGAAGCCAAAGUGAGACAAUGGUGCAUCAUGUUUAACAGUGGUACACUAGUGUUUUUAGGGAAGCAUGAAGUGAUAAGCCAAGCAUUGUCAAGGCUGAACUGGUGGAGAAAAUCAGUGUAAAGAUAUGGAAAAAAAUUGUGAAACAUAAAAAAAAAAAAUGCAGGAGAGUGAUACAAAACAAGCAUUGAGGAAAAUUGCAUUUUAAGGUUUUUAUUUCCAUCUGUGACAAUGAAUAGCUAUACACAACCGUUUGAACUCAACAGAUCAUGGGUGCUUUUGUUAUGGGAGCAUGAUGGUCAUUCACAGUUCAGUUUGGACCUUCAUCUGAGUGAUUUUCUCUUGUUUCCACACAUAUCGACCUGACUCGCAACACGGCACUUCAGCAAUGAUGAGAAACUGCAUGCAACCAUGCAUGCAUGGUUGAACCCCCAGUAGGCAAGAUUCUAUGAUGGAAUUAACAACAAAGUGAAUCAUUGUGAUGUCUUACUGUAUAUGGAGAUUACGUUGAAAAAUAGCUGAAUAGUUUGACUUUCAAAUGUAUAUUAGAAUAUGUGUUUCAUUUGAUUUUUUAAUUCUGAAAUGUAAGUUACUUUCUGAAUAGACCUCACAUAAUGUAUGGACACAUUAGAAAAAGCUAUUACAUAUUUUCUGAUUUGAAAUAU